UUAUCUAAGGGAGGUAACUGUGAUUGAAACCGCCACACCACCAUGACUGGGUCACAGUGCAGCAGGAUCGCACAGCUUGUUAGUACCUGCGGCGUUCAGUUACUGCAUCGACACAACGGAGGCAGAUGUAGCUUCGUUACAAGAAAGUUCUUGACCACGUCAUCACAGCAGUCGGAGCGAAGCAGUCCACUGGAAGGAAUACGAAUUCUAGAUCUCACCAGGGUUCUAGCAGGGCCGUACUGUUCUAUGUUGUUGGCCGACCUUGGAGCAGAUGUGAUCAAAGUGGAACGACCAGGUGCAGGAGAUGACAGUAGGAGCUGGGGACCCCCUUUCAAAGGCACAGAGAGUGCGUACUUCCUAUCUGUCAACAGAAACAAAAAGAGUAUAGCAGUAGACUUGAAGAAACAGAAAGGUGUUGAGAUUGUCCAGCAGUUGGCCGGUUCCUGUGAUGUUCUGAUUGAGAAUUACCUGCCAGGGAAGCUUGGGGAGAUGGGUCUUGGUUAUGAUGAAAUGAAAGCUCUCGUCCCUCAGCUGGUAUACUGCUCAAUCACAGGAUAUGGUCAGACAGGACCCUACAGAUCCCGAGCUGGGUACGACGCCAUCGCCGCAGGUGUAGGAGGCCUGAUGAAUGUCACGGGACCACGUGACGGGGACCCCUGCAGACUUGGCGUGGCUAUGACGGACUUGUCAACAGGACUGUACGCUUUUGGUGCCAUCAUGGUUGCACUACAACACCGUCAGUUAACUGAGAGAGGUCAACACAUCGACUGUAACCUCCUAUCCACUCAGGUGGCCUCGCUUGUGAAUAUCGCAUCGAACUACCUGAAUGCUGGGAUGGAGGCGAAACGGUAUGGAACAGCACAUGAGAGCAUUGUACCGUACCAGGCUUUCAAGACCAAGGACGGGGGAUAUUUUAUGGUGGGAGCAGGAAACGACAAACAGUUUCAGCUUCUGUGUCAGAGGAUGGAACUACCAGAGUUGUUGGAGGACGAGAGGUUUCAAGAUAACAAAGUGAGAGUGGCAAACAGAGACAUAUUGCUGCCUUUACUGGGACACAGGUUUGAGACGAAGACCACCUCACAGUGGAUGCAGGUGCUGGAGGGGUCAGGAAUACCAUACGGUCCUAUCAACAACAUACAGCAAGUCUUCUCCGACCCCCAGGUGGUCCACAACGGGAUGAUACAGGAAUUGCAGCACCCUACAGCCGGGACGAUCAGGCUUCCAGGACCGGCCGUGAGGUACAGUGAGUCCCAGACUGUGGUGCCACGCCCCCCUCCAACUCUUGGGCAACACACACAGGAAGUGCUGCAGGGAAUUCUGGGAUAUUCAGACAGGCAGCUAAAGCAUCUGAUAGAAUCUGGUGUCGUGCAAUAGGGAGAAAUAUGACUAAACAAGUGAAGAUAUUUUAUAUUUUGAAGUUAAGUAACAGAAUUUAAGUGAAGUAUUUAUUCAGAUUUUCGAAUGAAUGAUUAUUUAUUUUUGCUAUAUUAUUGAUAUAUUAUGAAGCAUAUCACACCAAUUCAAAUAUCUUAUGAUCUCAACAGAAAUCAUUUGUCAUUCCGAGUCUUUGAAUGUUCAUUUUUUUAGAAUAACUGUUUCAUUGACUAUGUUUAAAUCAGCAAUGAAAAGGUUUCUGAUUACCGCUUUGUACAUUGUAAAGAUGCAGUGAUAAAGAUGGAUGUAAGUGUUGUACGUUCACGGGAAGGGAGAAACACUGCUGCAACAGAAAAUGAGUGUUGUCACGGCGAUACACAAAAAUAAAAGCAUUAAUAUUAUAAA